CUGACGUGUCUAAAACAGUUUACCACCGGUGUUAGAUUUAUACUCGUGGGCUAUUUAAUAUUUGUUGACUUAUCAUCUGAAAAAAAAUUCCAGAUACGUGGUGACAAGAUGCUGGAUUUCUUCACCAUCUUCAGCAAAGGGGGGAUAGUGUUGUGGUGUUUUCAGGGAGCCGGGGUCACUGAAUCUUUCACGGGGCCAGUCAACGCUUUAAUCCGCUCAGUGAUCCUUCAGGAGCGAAGUGGGAACAAUUCGUUUACUCAUGAGGCUCUGAGUUUAAAAUACAAGCUGGACAAUGAAUUUGAGUUGAUUUUUGUGGUGGGUUUUCAAAAGAUCCUGACACUGACAUAUGUGGACAAGUUUAUAGAUGAUGUCCAGCUUCACUUUAGGGAUCGUUACAAGAAUGAGCUGGAGCAAAAGGGGGCUUUGAAGCUUCUGAACAACAGUUUUGAAUUUGAGGAUGUCUUCACAAUGCUUCUGAGAGAGGCGGAGCAGAGCAGUAAAACUCGAAGCCCCGCCCAAAUGCGCUCCUAUAAGGAGUCUGAGAAAUCCCAAAAAACUGUGAAGUCGAUGAUUGAGACGAAGGGUGGGGACAAGGGGAAGGAACAGGGUGGCAAGAAGAAUAAAAAUGCCAAAAAAGAGGCUCCUCCACCUGAGCCUCCCAAAGUAGAUCAAAGCAAAGCCUCAUCCUCUGGCCCGAAGAUGGUUGGUAAUGGCAACCAGGGCUUGACUCCUGAGGAGCUCAUGCAAAAGAGGAGAGAGGAAUUCGUACGCAAGCGGAUGGGGGUGACUGCUGAAAAACCAAGUAAGUCCCCAAAGCCUCAAAAGCCAAGAGAGAAACAGAAACGCAUCUGGGACAACGGUGGUAGCAGCAGCAAGGACCUGGACUACAGUGCUAGGAAUGGUGAUGGUUCUCCUAAUGAUAACGAACAGAACCCGGAAGCACAAAUUGACCUGGGAAUGCAGCUAAGUUCCAUGAAGGGAGAUCUGCAGUCUGUGGACUAUGAGUCCAGUGCCGAAGAAGACAUGGAAGAGGAAAAUGAAGGAGUGGUUGUCAGCGAAACAAGCAAGAUAAGCUCUAAAAAGGGUGGUGGUUUUGGGGGGAUGUUUGGGAUGCUGAAGGGCCUGGUGGGCUCCAAGAGUCUGUCUCGGGAAGACAUGGAGCCAGUGUUGGACAAGAUGAGGGACCACCUCAUCGCAAAGAAUGUAGCGGCCGACAUUGCCUCCCAGCUGUGUGACUCUGUUGCCAAAAAACUGGAGGGCAAAGUCAUGGGCACAUUCACCACUGUGGCCUCAACAGUAAAGCAGGCCCUGCAAGACUCCCUAGUGCAGAUCCUGCAACCCAAGCGCCGAGUGGAUAUUUUGAGAGAUGUCAUGGAGGCACAGAACCAACGCAGGCCAUUUGUCAUCACAUUUUGUGGUGUGAAUGGAGUUGGGAAGUCCACCAACCUGGCAAAGAUCUCUUACUGGCUGAUAGAGAAUGGUUUCACGGUGCUGAUUGCAGCCUGUGACACUUUUCGCGCCGGAGCAGUGGAGCAGCUGCGCACUCAUCAGCGCCGCCUGAACUCUCUACACCCCCCUGAGAAGCACGGAGGACGGCCUGUAGUCCAGCUCUAUGAGAAGGGCUACGGAAAAGAUGCAGCUGGAAUUGCUAUGGAGGCUAUUGCCUAUGCACGCAACCAGGCCUUCGACGUUGUGCUGGUGGACACUGCUGGGCGGAUGCAGGACAACGCCCCCCUAAUGACAGCUCUGGCUAAAUUAAUUGCAGUCAACAUGCCUGAUCUGGUGCUGUUUGUUGGGGAGGCUCUGGUUGGCAAUGAAGCUGUUGACCAGCUGGUGAAGUUUAAUCAGGCUCUGGCAGAUCACUCCAUGUCUGACAAGCCUCGCCUCAUUGAUGGAAUUGUUCUCACUAAGUUUGACACCAUUGAUGAUAAGGUCGGCGCUGCCAUCUCCAUGACUUACAUCACAGGUCAGCCCAUUGUGUUUGUGGGCACAGGACAGACCUACAAUGACCUGCGCAGCCUAAACGCCCGCGCAGUGGUCAGUGCCCUGAUGAAGGCUUAGGAACAGCUGCAUGUUCCUCAGUUUAUUCAUCAUUUUCCAGGAGGCCAACAGUAUCUUUGCCUCGCUGCCAUGAGAUGUCCCAGUCCUGCUAGUCUGCCUGUUCGUGCUCCUGUCCCGCCCAUCCACCUCAGCAUCAAACGAAUAAACUCAUGUCAAACACAGGACUUUAUUCUUCCAGUACAGGACAGAUGGGCACCUCGUCUGCCAGUACGUUUUCCAGUAAACCCAGAGGAGCCUCCCUUUGCAUUCUUUUUACACUUUUGGGCCAAAUUGGAAAGAACCUCAGAUUAGCUUGAGUUGUAAAACAGUGAAAUUGCCUCCCAACGACAUUUUAGCCGGACCUGGGCCGAGUCAUCAGUUUGCUGGUUUACACAGUGAAGACUUCAGCAUUUUGUUUUUCAGUUUACACCUCAUGUAAAUGAGGUCACCUGUUACCGAGGAAAGUUUAGUGACCAUAGUGCCUCUAUGUCAUCCCUGAACUUACGCUAUCAUUAAAUAGAUGGUUACCCGUAAAGACCACCCCUUUGGUUUACAUUCAACAUUUAUCAUCACAAAUGAAAAAAAACUGUAAAAGUGAAAAAAAAAAAAACAGUAUGAGAGCUUAUCUUCUGAACACAGCAACGAUUGCGCAUUGGUUUAAUUUGGACGGACCCAUUUUAACUCCGCUUCCAGAGCUCCUCACCCAACCAACCCUACAGCUCAUUUUUUAUCAAAACGUUAUCCUUUAGCUCACCAAUGCAAAGUGAAGAAUAUUUUGUAAUUUUUUUUGUUCUGUCAGGGUGCCCGUAGAUUCAAGUCUACUCUGUAUGUGGCCCUUCUAUUUAUUUUCCAUUUUGAUUUAUUCUUUAUUUCUAAAAGGAAAUAAGUUUUAAGGAUCUUUAGUCCCCUUUGAAUUGUGGUAGUGCAAUACAAGAGAAUCGAGGGUUAUACUAAAGAUUUGAACUAAUUUGAGAAUGUAAACAUUUCUAAUUAAAGCUGCUAUGUGCAAAGACGAA